AUGAGAUGUAUUAAUUGGAUAAAUGGUCUUAUUGGUGGUCUUUUGAUAUCAUCGUGUUGUUUGAUUCAAUUAUUUUUAAAUCUAUUUGGAAUUGGUUGUGCUGGAUUGAAUACUCUUCUUUUACCUUAUCGACCAUUGUUUAUUUCAUUGACAAUUAUUUCAUUAACUUAUUCAUUUUUUCGUUAUCGUCCAUCAAAAUGGCAUUUUACUGCUGUUGUCAUUUUUACAUUAAUUCUUUCAUUUUCACCUGAACUUCUUCGAAUUUAUAAUGAUCAAUUUGCUAGAAAUGAUAUUGUAGAUGAUCAAAUUAUUGUCACAUAUUGGAAAAUAACAGGAAUGCAUUGUGAAGCUUGUCGUUCAGCUGUCAUUCAAUCAUUAAGAAAACUUGAUGGAGUUCUGAGUGUAAAUGUUGAUCUUGAAACAGGCCAAGCUAAAUUGAUUUCAAGUAGUAAUAUUAAUACAAAUACUGUUAUUCAAGCUGUACAAUCAGCUGGUUUUCAAGCUAAUAAACUUGGUUGA